AAGAAGAAAACAUCAUGGCGACUGUGAGUGGUCAACAUUCAGUAUACAAGAUUGCUGGGGUGUCUGUUUAUUUCCCGUGUAAACCCUACCCCUCACAGUUCAGUAUGAUGGAUAAGAUUAUAAAAGGUAUAGAAAGGGGACAGAACUGUUUAUUAGAGAGUCCAACAGGAAGUGGUAAAAGUCUGGCCAUGUUGUGUUCUGCGCUCGGAUGGCAAGCAGAACAAAUUGCAAAGAAAGAAAAGGAAGAUGAACAAGAUGCGUUAGAUAAUUUAACACGUGAAAGUUGUUGUUGUCAGUGUCAUCAAGAAUUACCUAAACCAAUGAAACCUUCACCACCUGUUCAUGAAGCUGUUCCAUUUACUCCCCCUACAGAUAAAGUAAACAUUGAUAAAGAUGAUGGUGAUGAAGAUGAUGAUUUUAAAGAUAAUAAUACAAGUUAUAGGACUCCUACUCUACACAAGGACCUUAAAAAACUACGUAAACAUGUAUCUAUUAGUUACGAAGAUGAUUACACACCAGUUAAACAGGGAGAUAACUCUACAGUAGUUAAACAGGGAGGUAACUCUACGACGUGUUGUGGGGACGCUGUUCAAGAGCAAACAGUGACAGAGGCCAAUGAUUGUGGUUGCUGUUGGAAAAAUACAGCCCCAAGAACCAGAGUACCUAAGAUUUAUUUUGGUACAAGAACACAUAAACAAGUUUCACAGAUUGUUAGAGAAUUAAAGAAAACAGCUUAUCAUGAUGUCAGAAUGACCAUAUUAGGAAGUAGAGAAUAUACAUGUAUUCAUCCAGCUGUAUCAAGAUCGUCCAAUAAGAAUGAAGGAUGUGCAGAACUAUUGAAGGGUCCUGGUUGCAGAAAUUAUGAUAGAACCAAACGAAUGGAAUCACAGAGAACAAUAAAAACAAUGGGAUUAGACUCCGCCUGGGAUUUAGAAGAUCUGGUUGGAUUGUGUAAAACUGCUACGGCAUGUCCUUAUUUUUUAAGCCGUGGAUUGAAAGCGCAAUCAGAGUUGAUCAUCUGUCCAUAUAACUAUCUUAUUGAUCCUCUUAUACGAGACAGUAUGGAGCUGAAUUUAAAAGACCAGAUAAUGAUUUUAGAUGAGGCCCACAAUAUAGAAGAUUCGUCUCGAGAAGCUGCCAGUCAAACUGUUCAUUUAGAAACUCUGGAAAAGAUGAUUCGGGACAUAGAUACACUUGUUGAAUUAAAUGUUAAAGUUGGUGACCAUUUGAAAUUAAAGAAUAUGGCAGUGUCACUGAUAGAUUUCAUCAACAGGAAUUCGUUAAACUUGGAACAGAAAGAUUUUGAACAAUCGUCUAAAAUCUGGUCUGGUUUUGAUAUUGUAGCUCAGCUAGAGUCAAUCGACAUGGGACCAAAAGACUUUCCAGAAUUGAUUAGUGCUUUAGCGAGAGUUUCUGAACCAGUGGAUGAUGAAAUGAAACAAAGAAUGGGACAUGAUGGGAAGUUACCCAACUCAGCUAUGUCAUGUAUAGAACAGAUAUUUCUAGUAUGUAAGAACAUGUACCAGAAUGACAUGAAAUUUGUAGAGGAUUACAGGGUUUCUUUGUUAAAAUCAACAACAUAUUCUAACAUAGCUACAAACGGCAAGUGGUUGAACCCUAAACAAAGACGAGGACAUAGAGUACCAGUUGUUACAUAUACACUUAAUUUCUGGUGUAUGAGUCCAGCUGUUGCGUUCUCUAGUUUAAGUGAUUGUCGUUGUAUUGUGUUAAGUAGCGGAACUCUAUCACCUAUGACAUCGUUUCAAUCAGAACUUGGUCUACCGUUUCCUAUUCAACUAGAAGCCAGUCACGUCAUCAAAGAUAAUCAGGUCUGGGUAGGGGCUGUAUUAUAG